AAAUAUUUUUUAUGGAAAAAGUUAUGGGAGCUUUUAUGCAGCCACAAGGACACGUUCAAGUACUUUUAAAUCUUCUUCAUCACUCUUGUAAUCCACAAACCGCCCUCGAUUCCCCACGAAUCUUAAUCGAACCGCAUAUAACGUCUUUGAUAGAUAAGUCUUCAAUUUCUUAUGUAAGCGUUGAAGAUGGUAUAUCUGAGGAUGUUAUAAAUAAAUUGAAAGAAUUGGGUCAUCAUGUUAAGGUAGUUAAAGGGUUUCAAAGGUCAAUAAUAUUUGGAAGGGGUCAAAUUAUUGAACAAAAAAUUGAUCCAAAAACUGGAAUGAGGGUUUGGGCAGCUGGCAGUGAUUUUAGAGGAGAUGGACAU